AUGGCUCAAGAACCCACGAUUCAUUCCCAGUUCGAACCCAACACGGGCACCUGGCAAUACAUAGUAGCCGACCCAUCAACAUCAAAAGCCGUCAUCAUCGACCCAGUACUCGACUACGACUCCGCUACUCAGGUUAUAAGCACGUCCACUGCUGACAGCUUACUUGUUGGAAUCGAAGAAAAGAACUACAGCAUCUCCUAUAUUCUUGAAACACAUGCGCACGCCGACCACUUGACUGCAGCAUCGUACCUGGCAUCCCGCAUCAGCCAGAAACAAGGAUUCCGACCGUCCAUCGGUAUCGGAAAGCACAUCACACAAGUGCAACAACUCUUUGGCAGCCGGUUUCAAAUUCCCGCUGAGGAGUACGAAGGAGUCUUCGACAAGCUCUGGGAAGAUGGCGAGACAUUUAAAGUCGGGUCGUUGACAGCUACGGCCAUGCAUCUACCCGGCCAUACUCCUGAUCAUUUGGGAUACAAGAUUGGAGAUAAUGUCUUCUGCGGCGACUCUCUCUUCCAUGCCGACAUUGGUACUGCCCGCUGCGACUUUCCCAACGGCAGCGCUCAAAGCCUCUACCACUCCGUCCAGAAACUCCUUAGCCUGCCAAAUCACGUCAGAAUCUGGACAGGCCAUGAUUACCCCAACGCAAACCGGACUGAGCCUGUGCCGUGGCUGACUGUCCGCGACCAUCGAACGCGCAACAAGCAUGUCAACGAUGAUGUUACCGAGGAGCAGUUCUUGGCUUUGCGGCAGGAGCGUGAUGCUACCCUCCGUCAGCCAAAGUUGUUGAAUCCGUCAUUGCAGGUGAAUAUCCGUGCUGGAAGGCUGCCGAGAAAGACGGAGUCUGGAAUGCGAAUGUUACAUUUGCCGUUGAAGGUAGAUGGAGAGGAAUGGUGA